AAGUUAUUAAAAAUUGAUUCAGCGAUACAGCACAGCAUUAUAGCAAAUAGUUUCCCUAUAAAUUUUCAAUUUGAUGAAAAACUGAUGUAAAGAAAAUCUUUUUAAUAUGCCGUUAGCAAAUUUGGGCGAGCCAUGGAAUCAGCACACCGAAACAGAGUCCCAGUCUGGUGAUCCUGAUGAACAGGCAAACAGUGAAGAUGCAGGUCCUGCAGAGGGAGAACAUGAAAUUGAAUUGGGAGAGGUUGUCAGAAAUGGACAUGAAAAAGCAGAUCCCUCCCAAUUUGAAUUACUCAAAGUACUGGGCGAAGGUUCAUUUGGUAAAGUUUUUCUUGCCCGCAAAGUAGUAGGAACUGAUGCUGGCAUUCUUUAUGCCAUGAAGGUACUGAAGAAGGCUACCCUCAGAGUUAGGGACCGUCACAGAACCAAGAUGGAGAGAAAUAUACUGGUUGAUGUUGAACAUCCUUUCAUAGUCAAGUUGCAUUAUGCUUUCCAAACUGAAGGAAAACUGUAUUUGAUAUUGGAUUUCCUCCGGGGAGGGGAUCUUUUCUCCAGACUGAGCAAAGAGGUUAUGUUUACCGAAGAGGAUGUUAAGUUUUAUCUGGCCGAAUUGGCUUUAGCGUUGAACCACUUGCACUCUCUAGGAAUUAUUUACCGAGAUUUGAAGCCCGAAAAUGUGCUAUUAGAUGCCGAUGGGCAUAUAGCUCUGACGGAUUUCGGGUUAUCAAAGCUGCCUUUGGAAGAAGGAAAAACUUACAGUUUUUGUGGGACAGUGGAGUACAUGGCGCCCGAGGUCGUCAACCGUAAAGGGCACACGUUCGCUGCCGAUUGGUGGUCGUUCGGCGUGCUGAUGUUCGAGAUGCUGACCGGUGCGCUGCCCUUCCAGGGCGCCAACAGGCGCGACACCAUGACGCAGAUUCUCAAGGCCAAGCUGACGAUGCCGAGCGAUCUGAGCGCCGAGGCGCAGAGUCUGCUGCGCGUGCUGUUCAAGCGCAAUCCCGCCAAUAGGGUGGGGGCAGGUCCGGGCGGCAUCGACGACCUCAAGAAUCACGAAUUCUUCGCCACCAUCGACUUCGACGCUUUGGCGGCCAAACGGAUCCGGCCCCCGUUCCAGCCGACGGUGAGCGGGCCGGAGGACGCCUACUUCGAUUCGGAGUUCACCAGCAAGACGCCGAGGGAUUCGCCUGGGGUGCCUGCCAGCGCCAAUGCUCACGAGCUGUUCAGAGGAUUCAGUUUCGUAGCGCCCUGUCUGCUAGAGAACGGCAACCUGCCGAAGAAAAUGGAGACCCCCAUGAAUUCGGUGAGGACUUGCGAUCGCAAUUUCUUCGACGACUACCAUCUGAUGGACACCAUCGGUGGUGGCAGCUACAGCAUCUGCAAAUUGGCCAAGCAUAAAACGACCGGGCAGCAAUACGCAGUCAAGGUGGUGUACAAAUCGUUUUUCGACUGCAGAGAAGAAGUGGAAAUUUUACAGAGGUACAGCAAGCAUCCGGGAAUAGUGACUUUGAAGAGCGUUUACGAAGACGAGACGAAAGUGUAUAUGGUGCAACAAUUUCUCAAGGGAGGGGAUUUACUAGAUUACAUGAUGAUCAAGGUUUGCUUGUCAGAACCAGAAGCAGCGGCAGUGUUGAAAACGUUGGCUUCAACAGUGGCGUAUUUGCACGAAAACGGCGUCGUGCAUAGAGAUUUGAAGCCGGAAAAUAUUCUAUUUGCUUCCGAAGACUUGUCUUUGGAAAGCGUAACAAUCUGUGAUAUGGGUUUUGCCAAACAGUUGCGUGCGGAAAACGGUCUUUUGAUGACGCCCUGCUACACGGCUAACUUCGUGGCGCCCGAGGUGCUGAAAAGGCAGGGCUACGACGCCGCGUGCGACAUCUGGUCGUUGGGCGUCGUCCUCUACAUCAUGCUGUCUGGCAGGAGCCCGUUCAGCACCAGGGCCAACGACAGCCCGCAGAAGAUCCUGCAGAGGAUCAGCAGCGGCAAGCUCGACAUGCAGCACCAACUGGUCGAAGAUAUCCCCCGAAGCCAAGCAGCUGGUGUCGGAGAUGCUGCACACGGCGCCCCAAAGGCGGCCGACCGCCGCCCAGCUGGCCGAGCACCCGUGGGUGGCGUCGCGGGCGGCGGAGUACCGCCCGCGGCCCGCGGAGAAGGGCGGCGUGCAGAGGCAGAAGCCGCCCCUCGCGGCGGGCAAGGAGCACCUCAAAGAGACCGUGGCCGCCACGUUCAGGGCCAUCGCCACGUCGCCGCAGAUAGCCCAUUUGGGGCCGGUAGCGAUGUCCGAGCUGGCCAGGCGGAGGUUCAGAGACAAGGCGCUGAACAGAUUGCAAGACGAGGCGCGAAAGGAAUACUGAAACGGCGUCCUUGUCUUAUUGUUCCUCCUUUGCUGCCAAAGUCCCACCUGAGCCUCAACGCAAAAGGUCACUGGACCGUUGCUCGGGUUCCUUGAGGAACCGUGUUUGUUUCGAUAGGUCAUAGAAACCGGUAUAGGCUUAGACCGUUCAGGAUCUCGCUUCAUCCCAAUGGACACCUACCAAUAGGUAAAACAUGCCUAACUAUCGAUUUAUUGCUGAGUCAUCGCAACGUCAGAUGAUGACCUUGAAAUCCGCCAAUAUUGACAAUAGUUGAGUUCAAUAUUGACAUCAGACUGUUUAAUCCUCUUAGAACGAUAUACCUAUUAAUGAACAAUAUAGACAAUCUCUAUCUGUUUCUAUAGCGCAAAAGAAAGCCGUUUUUUGAAGACAAAUAUCUGACACAUCAUCGUGACAUCUAACCUAUUAAUCUUUCACAUAACAUUAUUUAUGGAUAUUUAUGCACAAAGAUCUAAAAUACCUAAUGAUAUCCUAUUCCAGUUUUCUCUUUCAGUAUAAUAUACA